AUGGAAGGUGAUAACCUGCAGGAGAUUUGUGCUUAUUUGCUCGAGGUUGCAAAUGAAGCGGGUGCCAUCAUCCUCGCCGCGCACCCAACCUCACGCACAACCUUGACUAAGAAGAACACAACGGAUAUCGUGACGGAAACAGACAAGGAUGUAGAAAGCUUCAUCCGCCAGCGUGUGGCAAAGCGAUAUCCUGCCUGCGCGUUCGUCGGAGAGGAGACGUAUACGGCUGAAAUGGCUCUCACAGACGCCCCGACCAUUAUUGUGGACCCUAUCGAUGGAACAUCGAAUUUCAUUCAUGGAUUUCCCGAGGUAUGUGUGUCGAUAGGCCUCAUCAUUGAGAAGUGCCCAGUGGUGGGUGUGGUUUACAACCCAUUUCGAGAAGAGCGAUGGUACGCCACCAAGAGCCACGGCGCCUUCACUGUGCGACAUGGUGGCCAAGUACAGAAACUUCCACUUGUGUCAACGCCUCUGCAGGGGCUGCGCUCUGCGUGCAUCGGAAUUGAAUGGGGUAGUGACAGAGAAGGUCCCAACUUUGAACUCAACCUCAAGGUCUUCACCACACUCGCUCGAACUGUCGCAACGGGCGGGAACUUUGUGAACUCGCUUCGGUGCACUGGCUCGGCGGCUAUCACGAUAUGCAGAGUUGCAGCAGGGCAGCAGGACGUAUUCUGGGAAUGUGGCUGCUGGGCAUGGGAUGUGGCUGCUGCAUGGUGUGUCCUGACCGAAGCUGGAGGAAUCAUGGUUGAUGGCCAUCCUGGCGAUUGGGACCCUUCCAUCAAUAACCGCCGAUAUCUGGCGGUGAGACCCGCGUCAGAAGGGCAGCGAGAGCUUGUAGAGGAAUUCUGGUCUAUAUUGGGGAAUGAGAGGUCUACUUACGGUCCGUCAAGCUGA